AUGAGUAACAAUUACCAAAGAGCCCCUCAAGACCCUCCUUAUCCUCCACCAGGAUACGGAUCUCUUUAUCCACCGCCACAGGGUUACCCGGUUACACAACUACCACCGGGUUACCCGUCAGCACCACCGCCACCAGGUUCCGAAAGCUACCCUCCUCCACCGCAACCUGGUUACGAAGGCUACCCUCCGCUGCCGCCGCCUGGUUAUUCAACAACCUAUCCGCCGCCUGGUUAUUCAACAACCUAUCCGCCGCCUCAUCCUCAAUACCAAACCUACCAAGGCUAUUUCAAUAAUGGAUAUCCUCCUCCGAAUUACAAUUGUCACCAUGUUCAGCAUCAUUGCCACGAUAAUAAUGACGUCUCCUGUUUCUCUUCUUUCUUUCAAGGCUGCUUUGCAGCGCUCUGUUGCUGUUGUUUUCUAGAGGAGUGUUGUUUUUGA